CCAAAAAAAAGAGGGCGGGGCUUAAAGGUUUAUUAAAAGAGGAACUCGCUGGGGGAUGGGCGGGGGUUGUUGGGAAGGGGCGUGGCCACAGCGGGAGCCCCGAAAUUGGGAAGUUUUGGCGGCUUUGGGAGGUGUCACGUGGCCCCUCCCCCACCGCCGCCAUGGACCCCCCCGGGACCCUCGGCCUCCUCCUGCUGCUGCUCGGAGCGGCGACAGCUCAGCAAGAAUGUUCCGGCUGCCUGCCGGGGGCGGGGCCGAUCGCGGCGCUCGUCACCGCUGACGUCAUCAUGACGCUGCUGAUCGCGGGCGGAGCCUAUUGGCUGGCGGGGCGGGGCCGCCGAGCCCCGGCCCGGCCCCGCCCCCCGGAGCCCGACUCGCACUACCAGGAGCUGCAGGGCGCGCGCGCGGAUCUCUACAGCGAGCUGAAGCGCUGAGCGCCCCUCCCCCACUCACUGCCAACAUUAAAGCGCUUUUCCAGUUCA